AGGUCUAAAAGUUUGUAGAGUCCUAUAUUAAGGACCUGGAGGCGUCUCGGAUCACUCUUGAGUGAUGAAUUGAUUUGAACCGGUUCACUGAACCGAGUUCAGAUAAAUCAUGCUCAUCAUGUCAGAAACAGGCUAAACGGAUAGGUCGGUUGGGCAGGUUUCGCAAUGAAAUGGGUGAGAGGUUUCAAAAAAGAAAAUAAAAAGCAGUUCCAGUCUUGCAGAUCACACUUCUAACCCAACACUGACAGACAGUGAUCCAUACUUCUAGAGUUGCAUGUUUAUUAAAGAAAACAAUUCAUCUAUUGAACAUAAUCUGGAGUCUUUUUAAUCAUCGCUUGUGCAUUAGCCAGCUAGUAAAAAGAAAAUAUGACAACUCAAAGCCGGAUUUUAAUUAAAGGAGGGAAGGUGGUAAAUGAGGAUUUCUCGGAGAUGGCAGACGUGUUUAUUGAAGAUGGAGUUAUCAGUGCAGUUGGCUCAGAUCUGCAGGUAGCAGCUGGGACUCGGGUCAUCGAUGCCACAGACAGACUCGUGCUGCCGGGUGGAAUAGACACUCACACACACAUGGAGCUGUCAUUCAUGGGCACCACAGCUGUGGAUGACUUUCAUACUGGUACCAAGGCCGCAGUCGCUGGAGGCACGACCAUGAUCCUGGACUUUGUCAUCCCACAGAAGGGGUGUUCACUUUUAGAAGCCUAUGAGCGGUGGAGAGCAACGGCUGACCCCAAAGUCUGCUGCGAUUACUCCCUUCAUAUGGCAGUCACCUGGUGGGAUGACACUGUCAAGAAGGAAAUGGAGAGUCUUGUUUGUGAAAAAGGUGUCAACUCUUUUAAGAUGUUCAUGGCAUACAAAGAUGUCUUCAUGCUGCGUGACCAUGAACUCUAUGCUGCAUUUGCCCAGUGUAAAGAGAUCGGAGCAAUAGCUCAAGUCCAUGCAGAGAAUGGAGACCUUAUUGCAGAGGGGGCUAAGCGUAUGCUCUCUCUGGGCAUCACGGGUCCUGAGGGCCAUGAGAUGUGUCGUCCUGAGGAAGUGGAGGCUGAGGCCACCCAGCGCGCCAUCACUAUCGCCCAUGCCGCUAACUGCCCGCUCUACGUAGUGCACGUCAUGAGCAAAUCUGCAGCGAAGGUGGUGGCUAAUGCACGCAGAAAUGGCCGAGUUGUGUUUGGAGAGCCCAUUGCGGCUGGACUUGGCACAGAUGGCACUCACUAUUGGCAUAAGGAUUGGGCUCAUGCUGCUAGUUUUGUCAUGGGCCCACCCUUGAGACCAGACCCCAGGACCCCUGGAUAUCUCAUGGACCUGCUGGCCAAUGAUGAUCUAAGCGUAACAGGAACCGAUAACUGCACAUUCUCAGUGUGUCAGAAAGCCCUAGGGAAAGACGACUUCACCAAAAUCCCAAACGGAGUCAAUGGUGUUGAAGAUAGGAUGUCUGUAAUAUGGGAGAAGGGAGUUCACAGCGGAAAAAUGGACGAAAACCGGUUUGUUGCUGUCACCAGUACUAACGCAGCAAAAAUCUUCAACCUUUAUCCUCGAAAAGGAAGAAUUGCCAAGGGCUCUGAUGCAGACCUGGUCAUAUGGGACCCAAAGGCCACCAGGGUGAUUUCCGCAAAGACUCACCACCAGGCUGUGGACUAUAACAUUUUUGAGGGAAUGCUAUGUCAUGGGCUUCCAGUGGUCACGAUCUCCAGGGGGAAGGUGGUUUAUGAAAAUGGGCAACUGUUCACAAAGCCAGGCGCGGGACGAUACGUCCCACGGACACCCUUCGCUGAAUUUGUGUAUAAGAGGAUUAAUCAGCGGGAAAAGGUUGGAAUGCCCAGUGCAGUGUGCAGAGAACCGUACACUGGAGAAAUCAUAUCUGUAGCCCCAAAUAGAUCUUGAAUCAUGGAAGAAAAUGUUUUAUAGGGGUGUUUUAUAAGAUGAAUUUGCAAUAUACUAUUAAAAAUUAAGCCUUUAGCUACAACCAGAAAAAUUGUUUCAGCUUAAUGCCACAGAAGAAACUUUUCAAGCUUCACAAAUAACUUUUUGUUCUGCAAAGAACCCAGAAACCAACACACUGCUCUGAAGAACCCAUAAAACUGUAUUUUUCCCCAAUAAACUAUAUAUUCAAGAACUCAAAAGCCCUCUAGAGGUGGAAAAAGGUGUUGCUUCAAAGAACGACUGAAGGACCACUUAAGCAUUAGUGAUGAACAAUGAUCAGUUCUGAAAUAGUUUUAAGUCCUCCCCUAAAAAUGCCAUACAGUAUUGUCAAGUACAUUUUUGUUUGUUUGUUUUUUAAGCUACAAAAUGUUUAAAUAAAUUUUUAUAUUCUAUCAUGA